UUUCACUGACGGAGAUGAGCCGGGCAAAUAGACUUUGAGGUAUAUUCCGGUAAUUGUGCAUUGGAAAUAUGAAAAUAUAUUAAAUGCAUUCAAUAAACGCACCUGACUAUAUGUCAAGCUAACCUCAUAAAAAAUGGAUAAAUGAAAUUAGAAAGAAAAGUUUGUGCAAGACUGGAAACACUGGAUUGCUACACGCGGGCAUGUGGUCACGUAUUUAGAGGAAGACUUUGUAUUAAUGAAGAAUUCCCCUGGUUGUACAACUUUUCUGGGAUGCUGGUAUUUGACACCGAAAAAGCUUGGGAAGAAGCCAAGGAUCGAACAAUUGCAGGAGAGGAUUUGUAUGGGCUCUUGAGAAAGGGAAUUUAUGCUACUGUACAGUGAGGAGUGAAUUGCAGUGAGAAAUGUGGUUGGAGUUCCUCUCCUCUAUGUGGAUGUAACUAUUCACUGAAAGCAAAGCUGAUUUGAGAGACAGUAACCGGACUCAGUAAUUGGUAAGAAAAUGGUGCUUUGUGGAAAUACAGUUAGGGUUUAGUAGCCGAUUUGGUGAACAUUUUUAUUUGGGCCGUUGCCACUUCGUUUGAUUUCAAAGAAACUACUCAAAGGAAUUUGGCGAUUGUAUUCCCGGUCAACAAAAGUUGAUCAUAUGGAGCAUACCAGUAUGGACCAAGUAAGCCAUCCUCAUUCCCAGCAUGAACCUAUUAGUUUUGGCAUCGACCAGAUCCUGAAUUCACCAGAUCAGCAGAGCAGCUGUAUGGUUCCUAGUAGGGCCAAUGAGUCCGACUACCAGUUGACUUCUCAUAGUGUAUACACAAAUGGCUAUGGCCACAGUUACAACCCAGCAUGUUCGGUGGCUGCCUUAGGUGGAUCUUACAAUGUUAACAUGAACAUGAAUGUCAAUAUGAACAUGAAUGUUAACGUGAACUCGGGGUCUGGGGGCAGCAGCGUUAGCGGUGGGGUUAUUAGAGUACCGGCUCACAGACCUCUGCCUUCAGCCCCUCCUGCACAUCCCCAGGCAGUUUGCAGCAUGGCUGGUCUGAGCAGUUUGACGUUUCCAUGGAUGGAAAGCAGUCGCCGAUUCGCCAAAGACAGGCUUACUGCUGCGCUUUCCCCCUUUUCUGUGACGAGACGGAUUGGUCAUCCUUAUCAGAACCGUACACCUCCAAAACGGAAAAAGCCCAGGACCUCUUUUAGUCGAGUUCAGAUCUGUGAGCUAGAGAAGCGAUUUCACCGGCAGAAAUAUUUAGCAUCUGCAGAACGGGCAACACUGGCCAAGGCACUGAAAAUGACAGAUGCUCAGGUGAAGACCUGGUUUCAAAAUAGGAGAACCAAAUGGAGGAGGCAGACAGCAGAGGAAAGAGAGGCAGAACGGCAACAGGCCAACAGACUAAUGAUUCAUCUACAACAAGAAGCAUUUCAGAAAACAUUAAAUCAGCCACUCCAGCCAGACCCCUUGUGCAUGCACAACUCUUCCCUAUAUGCACUGCAGAACCUGCAGCCCUGGGCUGAGGACAAUAAGGUUACAUCAGUCACAUCCCUUGCCUCUGUGGUGUGAAUAACAUGUUUGAUAAUUAACAGAAACAAUGCAUUACAAACUAUAAUGUAAGAACAACUCCUGUGGUUUGUACUCUUGACAGAACUGGUGGUAAUUAAUUACUGCAGAAGAAACUUUUAUUUCAGAUUACAAAGACACCUCUGUUUGCAGGGAAAAUGAGAUCCCUGGCACUUGCUUUGAACAUGUGACAAAUAGAAUAAUCAGUUGCUUGGUAAGUAAUUCAGGAAUAUAGUUUAUUUCAUGAGCUGUUAAAUGCUGGGAUUUAAGUUUAGUAUUCUGUAUGUCCAGAGAGAUGGAAAUGCUCUACUCAAUGCCUGAUACAGUGAAUUAUCAUUCUUAAUGUUUUAAUCAGAUAUAGACUGAAGCAUACAAGAAUCUUGAAGUCCAGGUACUAAACUGGAUAUGUCUUCCUGUGUCUUUCAUCCCUAUGAUUCUAUGCAAAGGUCUAGCAGAGCAGGGGCAUUCGUCUUACAACUCAUUGAAUGGUUAUUUCCUAAUUUGCUAUGCUGAACCUCAAAAGGGAGAGAUAUCUGGCUUGCUGUCAGUUCUAAAGUGAUGUUUUACCUUAUGACUUUAUUUAGAGCUCCUUUUGAAAUUAGAAUAUUUAUCACUGAAUAAAUAACUUGCCUUCAAGUAUUAAGUUAUUAAUCACCGUUAUGUCACAUAAAGUAUAAGCUUGUUUUGACUGGUAUCCUAGAAAGAAACACUGAAAGUUUUGCUGAGGGUCCUUGGAAUUGAGGUAUGUCCUUUACAAAAUGCAAACAAACAGGUAUAUUAAGUAAAGGAAUUGCAAGACACUGAGCAUAAGUUGGCUAGUUAAGAAAUUUGCAUUGUUUAUACGAAGCAAUUACCCGAAAACAGAAUAAUACAGUGAAGGUCUUGUUUAGGUAAUCAUUAGUGUUGUCUUUAACUGCAUUCUGAAUGUUCUAAACUAAUGCAGGUCAUAAACAUUUUAAUCUUUCUUCUCAGAAUAUACUCCUGCACAGUUUACCUGUUUCAACACAUGACCUUGGAACAUAGAUUUUUUUUUUAAAUAGUAAUUCACCUCUCAGAAAAUGUAUCAUAUCAAAAAUCUAGAGUUUAAGGGAAGAAUGUAGAAUCAAAAUGAUACAUUUUGAAGUGAAAUGAAAGAACGAGUGCAUUGAAUAAGAGAUUUCUUUUUGAGCCUGUUGGACUUAUGGGUAAAAUGACAUAUUCACUCAUGUAUCAUAUUUACUUAAAAUGUAUUUUUUCUCACUUUAGGUUUGGUGUCAUCUUUGUGUAUGUCUCCAUUAACCACAUUAAAUGCUUUUAGGCUAAGGACAUACAGGCAAAUCACCUCUGUGAUAUUUUACAAAGGGAGAAGAAUAUUUUACAUCAAACUGAGAUUUUCUCUUAGCAGUGUUCUGUGUAUCCUGUCCAUUCAAAUCCAUUGCAGGUUAUGAAAUGUUUUAGUAAGCAGAUAAUGAUAUUAAGUAUCCCAUGUUAUUGUGGCAUACCAUCAUAUAGUGAACAUGAAAUAUAAUGAAGAGUCAUUAUUUUUUGUUUGUUUGUUUUGUUUUGUUUUUACCUAAGGAAUGCAGAACUGCAUGCAUUCACAAAACCAUCACUUACAAGUUUUCAUUAUUCCUUCCUGCCUUCAGAACAGAACCACUAAUGAUGGAAAGCUAGUGACUUUCGGUCUGUUUGUUAAAAUGAUGAGCAAGGAAUGACAUCUUAUUUUAUCUGUUUCAUAAUAAUCAAUACUUAUAUAAAACAGUAUCAACAGCACACAUGGACAUCAUGAUAUUUAAUUUUAUAAUGUGCCAAGAUAUUUGAUUUGCAACCUGUGUUUUGUUAUUUUUUUCUACAUUUUCAAAGUUAUAUUGCUCUGCUUUUGUGAUUAACAGAAAGUUUGGAAGCGUGUUUUUUUUAAAAAAGCAAUAUGCUGUGAUGGUGAAGAUGUUAAGACAAAUUAGCAGAGGUAUAUUCUACGUACACAAUGUUUGCCUCAACACACCUAUUCUGAUACUCCAGAAUGCUGUAAAAUAAUAAAUUAUUUAAUGUA